AUGUGUGCUGGGGGAACAGCUUGCCUCUGGCAAGGCAUGACUGAGCGAAGGGGUCCAGGGGGUGUGCCCCUGGCAAGCUGUGACCAGCACUGGAGGCACGGCCAAGCGUUAGCAAGUGCCGCGCCAUCAUUGCUGCAUCAAAUUCUUUAUAAAAUGUGUGUCAGAACUGGGAUUAAACAUAUGCACUGGGAGGUCCAGGGAGCUGGCCAAGUGCAAUUUGUAUCAGAUAGUCCAAGGGGCUUGGCUUUGGCAAGCUGGCCAAGUGCAAACUGGGAUAAAGAAUGUGUAUCAGAAUGGAGAUUAAAUACAUAUAUUAGAAGUGGGAUAAAACAUGUGCACUGGAACUGGGAUAAAAUAUGUGUACCAAAACUGGAAUUAAACAUGUGUACCGGGGGGUCCAUGCUAUAG